AUGACUACUUUCAAAUUAGAGCUGGCUUCCUUUGGUAUUGGGGUACAUCACGCAGGUAUCACUAUGGAUGAUCGAAGAACCACAGAACAGCUCUUUAUGAGAAGGAUACUGCGCAUUUUGAUCGCAACGUCGACAUUGGCAGUCGGGGUGAAUUUGCCUGCUCAUAUGGUUGUUAUCAAGGGCGUUCGGCUUUACCAGAACAAUAUCUCCAAAGAAUAUUCGGACUUGGAUAUAAUGCAAAUGUUGGGCCGCGCCAAACGGAUGGUGUUAUCUUCAGACAAUGAUGGCAUUGCCCUCAUCCUCUGCGAAAGUGAGCUAGAGCAAAAAUACAAUGCACUUGUGCAGGGAAAGACUGUGCUAGAAAGCUCCCUUCACGUCAAUCUCGCUGAACACAUUAACUCCGAAAUCGGGCUGGGAACUAUUACAGACAUAGAAUCAGCAAAAAUAUGGCUGCGUGGCUCAUUUCUUUACCAGAGAAUGCAUAAAAAUCCCAAGUUUUAUCAGGUAGGAUCAGAUGGACAAAUUAAACCACAGCAACAGGGAGUAGAAGAAAUCAUCAUGGAAAGCGUCGACCUACUGAGGCAAACGAAGCUCAUCACACACAUCGAAUAUGGUGCUGAUGCUGGGAAGCUAGUUUCUACGCAAUACGGAGAAAUAAUGAGCAAAUACUAUAUCCGACGUGCUACGAUGGAAAUCAUUUUAGCUCUGCCAGAUCGUGCAAGCCUCAGGGAUAUUCUGGAACCAAUAUGUGGAGCAGACGAAUUCCAGGACGUCAAAUUGCGAAACUCUGAGAAACGAAUUUUCAACAUUCUCAAACAGGACCCUGAAAUUCGCUUUCCUGUCAAAAAAGUUGAUAAAACACAGGAUAAGGUGUUUAUUCUUGUUCAGGUGUGCAGAGUGCAUUUUGAUGAAAAGGAUCGUAACACAUUUUUACAUGUCAAAAAGGCAGUAUUGGGAGGAAUCUCGUUAAAUAGUGCUGAGUAUAGAAGCUCUGACAGCCAACCCCACAUGGAGGCGUUUUCUGUUUUCAAGCACAUAGCUAGGAUAUCGAGAGGUGAAGUCUGUGUCUCGUUCACUACUGCACUCUAUUCACAAUAUAAUGCUACAGCUGUUUGCGAUGUUUCAAUCGUCAAAAAAGAUGGUCUUCAAAUCAAGAACAGCCUGGAACUAUUCCGAUGCCUCUCAGCUAAAUCAUGGGAGGACAGAGCCAUUGUCUUUAGACAAAUUGAGCAAAUUGGAGAAAAAUCAAUAAAAGUCCUAGCCGAAAAUGGGAUUACCUCUUUCGAAAAGUUGAGAAGACAGGACCCUCUCAGGAUUGAGACUCUGCUAAAUCGUCGAGCUCCAUUUGGAAUGGAAGUACUAAGAUCCCUUGCAGAAUUUCCGCAGUAUAUUGUUACUAUCAAGGAAAUUAGCGUAGAAUCAGACGGUGGAAAGAGUCCCGUCCAAGUCGAUCUUCAAAUUCGCUGUGGGCUAGCUGAAGAUAAAGACAGCGGAUUUAAGAUCCGCAAGCAGCGGGGACGCUCCUUUAACAUGACUUCAAUUUUGACUCUGACAUCCGAUAUGGACUUGGUCGAUCUUCGACGCAUUCCGACAUUAGCCCUCAAAACUCCAAAAACGUUUGAAGUGAGGGUUGAAUUAGGAAAACCCAGCCAAGGCGUUAUUGUCAUUGCUGCAACUGAAACUGUUGCAGGUGUUUCUGUGCAAGAGACAUAUAAACCAGAUAUCAUGGCUAGUGAAUAUCCAACAUUAGACACCCGCCCCCUUUCUUCGGUGGAAAGGGAUCUUAUCGGUCUUGAUGACGAUCCAGAUUUUUGGAAUAUGGACCUUGAUAACAGCGAUGGUGUCCAACGUGAAUGCUUAACAAUCGGCGACCAAAUCAUGGAUACACAAAGUCGACCCAAAUCUACUGCAAAAGAGAUUCGUGGCCGGACUCUGGAAUCAAAUCCUCGGGCUGAUGGGCGGUUUGACUGCAAUAAAGGUUUAUCAGCGCCCCCACCUCCCUCGAAAAAAAGGGGGCAAGAUUCAAGCGCCUCUACUGCAAGAAAAGUUGGCCCCUCGUCGACCUCUGUCACCCAAAAAGAGAGCAAAGUCCUCCGCGAACUAGACAAAAUUCACGAGAGAACUCAAAUUGUUGACAAUCUCUCUAUAAUACCAGGCAAAAGACUAAAAACAGAAUCACAACGGCCAUCAAAAAGAAAACGUGAACACUCCCUCGAACAUUCUAUCUCUUUUACAGACGUAGUCGAUCGAAACGCACAUAAGAUACACACCCCGCCGGAAUCCUUAAGCGAUUCGGAUGAACUUCCCGAAGUUAUCCUCUCCACUGAAAAAAUUCCACAACUUAACAACAGAGAAAGGACAAAAGUAUCGCCUAAACCUUUUCAAGGAUCCUCCUCAAACUUCAAAAAAUACAACCAUGGAGGCCACGAGCAAAAAAUGAAGCUGUCCACGGGAUGUGUAUCUGAUACGUCGUACCAGGACAAGGAUGUUGACAGGACAUGCCAAAAAAGGGCGGACGAUUCGUUAUUUCUAGCAUCUUCAGACAGCGAAGGAUCCAUCGAGAUAAUAUCACGGUCAGUCAGCCCAGCAACCAUUCAUCGAAACACAGAUGCAACACCCAAAGAAGAGAAAUGCGACGCGACUUACGAGGUUGCCACUGCGGUGAUCGAAGAAAAGUCGAAAAGAAACGAAAUGCCAUUGUUAGUACAGGUUGAGGGGGCGGAUGAAAGUUUGGAGCAAGAUGAUUUCGCCGAGUUAGACAAUUGGCUUCAAAGCGGCACGGUGGAUAUUGUCUGA